UUUUUUUUCAAGUUCUUGCCACCAUCUACAGGGAUGAGAGAGAAUAUUCAAGGAAGAUCUAUGAUGUUGGCAACACUGAGCAUCUUAUUGAAACAGCAUCGGCAGAACAACUUGGAUAUGCUGUUGUGAGAAUUCUAAAAUUCAACCCACAAUUUCAGGAAUUUAUUGACGUAGAUAGGAAUGUAGACAUCAGGAACUUAGAUAGAUUCCAGCUGUUCUUAUCAUGCAAAGAGACUGAAUCAUCUCAACCUAUGGCCACUUCAGUGUCCCAAGCUCAGCAUACUCAAGUUUCACAAGAGCAUGAAAAACUGAGGUCCAUUUUGGAAAAGAAAGCACCAGAGACACUUGAUGAACUCAAAACCAAAGGCACUGUGACAGAAAAAGCAAGAAUAAAGCUUGUUAAAUUAUGUGUAUCUGACCUGGUGGAAAAGCAUGGAUUUACUGAAAAAGUGGCUCUAGCAAAGAACAUCAUCGCUGUCUUCCCUGAGAGUCCAGGUGGAUGGAAACGGGGAAGGAUUUAUUCUCAUUCUGGAUUUUUGGAAAUGAGACUGCGCAACAUUCGUCGAAAGCUAGAAGAUGGUCAGCGGCGUUAUAGGUCACACAAACGACGCUGUGAAGAUGGUCCUAAUCCGGAGAUGGAGGAGGAAGAUGGUAGUGGGACAAGUGAGUGGAUCAACUUGAUGAAAAGGCUCAGGCCUUCUACAGACAACAUUUCAUCGAUCAAAGCAGCAAUGCAGAAAACCUUCACCUGGCGCAGAUCAUGGAUAGCCAAACAUUCCCCCUCCCUGUCUGAAAUCUUUGAGGAAUACCUACGCUUCUUGGAUAUGCCAACUCUGCUUGAUACAGAGUUUGGUAAAAUGUUUGAGGGAAAAUGA